GGAGGGAAAAAAUUAUGGAGCCAAAAUUCCCCACACUAUUGUUGAGAAAUACAUAAACUUUUGCAUUUUCCUCUUCCACCAAAUGAUUCGAAUCAAUCACCAUGAUCAAUUCAAAUUCAAAUUCAAACCACAAGAGACCUUUCCCACACUAUCCUUCUUCUCCAAACAAAAAAUCAAAUACUUUUGCAGCCUCCGUCGUUUUAAACCAUUUCCAACUCCCUCUUUUUUCCUCCACCAACGACGCCGCCGUUUCGAUCUGCGACACCAUGCGCCUUCACCCCGACAUACCCUACUCAAUCGGCCGGAAACCUCGCCACUGCGAAUUCGUAUUCAACGACCGCCGCGUCAGCAAACGGCACUGUCAAAUCAUUUUCGACUCUUCGCUUCGCAAACUCUACAUUCUCAGUGGAGUUUUGUCACGCACGAAUCCCAAUGUUAAUUCCAAAUUUCGUAUCGUUCACGAGUUCAGGAAAAGAGUGAAGGCUUCUAAGGAAAGUGAGUGUUUUCCGUUUCUAGAAGCUUCUAAUGGAGUUUUCGUUAACGGCGUUGAAGUUAGAAAGGGAAUGGCGGUGGAGUUAUAUGAAGGAGAUAGGGUUUCGCUUGUGUGUGGAAAUCAGAACUGUUCGUGUGGGAUUAGGAAUCGAAUUGGUUUUGUUGUAGAUAGAAUUAUUGUUGUUGAAAGUUGUGAUGGUGAUGAUGAUGAUGAUGUUGAAAUUGAUAGGUUAACAUUUUCGGGGAACUCUCAAAGCAAGAGGGUUUUUGCAGUGAAAACCAAUGUUUCAAAAUUUGAGGGAGUUAUUGGGAGAGCAAGGUUUCUUGUAGAUAGGUGUAGAGAUAUAUUGCUCAGUGAUGAUCCUUUGUCUUGUAUUACACGUUCUGUUACCGAUUUACAAUGUGGAUAUAAGCGUGCCCAUGGCACCGAGUUAGUGAAUAGGGUGAUGGAAGAAACUGGUAUUGAUAUUGUGCAAUCAAGUUCACCUUUACUUUGUCAAAGUAAAGUGACGAAUUUGGAGGAAAAUGGUGAACAUUUUCGUGCAAAAGAGAAUUUUGGAGUUGAUUGUGUUAAUGCUUUUGCUGAUGAUAAGAAUUCUAAUUUGAUAGUGUUAGACUGGUCAGAGAAGGAUGAUCUUUCUUCUGAUGAAAAUAAUGGGCAGGGAAAAAAUGAAUGCAAUUUUUAUCCACCUCCUGGGAAGAAUUUUUAUUUGAAUCGUCUUGAAUUUAUGAACCACAAUUCAUCAGAUUUUGAUAAAUCCAUAUCACUCAAUGAAAUUAUUCAUCCUAUUGAAAGCGUGACGAGAAUGUUUAUUGCAACAUUUACAAGUGACAUACAAUGGUUCUUGACAUAUUGCAAGAUUCCUUGUCAUCUGCCAGUUACAAUCGCUUGUCAAAAUACUGAGAAAUGUUGGAGUUCAAAACCCGAUGAAAGGGUAUCUAUGCCAAACCAGAAUUAUCCUAACCUAGUUGUAGUGCAUCCUCCAUUCCCCGAAACCAUAGCAUUUGGUAAUAACCGCAAGAAACAAGGGAUAGCUUGCCAUCACCCAAAGUUGAUUGUUCUGCAAAGAGAAGAUAGUAUUCGAGUUGUCAUUACAUCUGCUAAUUUGGUGGAAAAGCAGUGGAACAGUGUGACUAACACUGUAUGGUGGCAAGAUUUCCCUCGUGCCAUUUUGGUUGAUUUUGCUUCACUUUUCCAAAAAGUAAACGAUGAUGAUGAAUUUCAUAGAGACUCAAAAUGUGAUUUUGCUGCUCAGUUGGCUGGGUUUAUGGCAUCACUUGUUAUUGAUGUACCUAGCCAGGCUCACUGGAUUACUCAGCUCACAAAAUAUGACUUUGGAGGUGCAACAGGACGUCUUGUUGCUUCAGUACCUGGAAUUCACCUGUAUAGAACUUCUGUUCUGUCGGAAUCCUUUCAUUCCUCUUCUUUUCUUGGCUCAGUUGUGGCAUCUGUGGUUGGUUUGAGCCAUCUUUUCCGUACUGUGGCAGACUCAAGCAGUGCAGGUCUAAAAGCACUGGCUGCUGUCCUUGGAAAGUCUUGUAAGAAUGCGUAUGGGAAAUUUGAAAUUGUUUUAAGAAGAAAUCCCAAUGUGCCCGCUGAUGAGAAUGCUGUUAGCGUUCUUGUUCCCAACCCUGAUCAAACUUCUGAGGGAGAUUAUGUUCAACUUGGUUUUCUGCCUAGAAAUGUUGCAAAAUGGGUUUCUCCUCUUUGGGAUGCUGGAUUCUUUGCAUUUUCUGGAUAUGUUUGUCCAAAAGAGGCCCUUGCAGCUGCCUUGGGAGAAAACUGCCAGAAAGUACAACUGAUACUAAAUGUGUCAGAGGGACAUCAUUUUCAAGAUAUGUCAAAGAUCAUGCAAUCUGAACAAGUUGUUGCUUUUUGCUCACUCAUUGCUUCAAUUCAAAGACAUUAUGGACUCAGGAGAUUACAAGAGGUUCUGAAUCAAUAUAGAUGGCCUGAAUCAUUGGAAUCUGAAAUUGUAUAUGGCGCUUCUUCCAUUGGUUCUGUUAAUUCAAAAUUUCUAGCUGCAUUUUCGGCUGCUGCUGGGAAGAAAUCAUUGCAACAUUUUGACUCACAAGAGUCUGAUCCCGAAUGGGGCUGUUGGAAUGCUAGCGAAGAAUUGAAGAAUCCUUCUGUUAAGAUUAUUUUCCCCACUAUUGAAAGAGUGAAGAAUGCUUAUAAUGGGAUUUUGCCUUCAAGGCGCAUUCUUUGCUUCUCAGAGAGAACAUGGCAAAGGUUGAAGACUUUAGAUGUACUUCAUGAUGCUAUCCCUCAUCCCUAUGAAAGAAUAGGGCAUCCGAUGCAUACCAAGGUGGUACGUAGAUGCUUCUGGUCUAGAGGGGAUGCAUCUUCGGUUGGUUGGAUAUACUGUGGGUCUCAUAAUUUUAGUGCUGCUGCCUGGGGGCGCGAAAUUUCAAACCCAUUUGGUACAAAAGCUGAUGGGCUUAAAAAAGGAGACCCAUCUGUGAACUCGGGGCUUCAUAUCUGCAAUUAUGAACUUGGAAUUAUAUUUACUUUUCCUCCAACAGAAAACGAUGAUUUUCCUAAAGCUAAAAGCACAAAAUUAGAUGAUAUUAUUCUGCCUUUUGUUGUGCCUGCUCCUAAAUAUGGAUCUCGAGAUAGGCCCGCUACAAAGCUAGCUAUGAGGGAGGUGAUGACUGAACUUGCUGAGCGAGAGUGGGAGAAACAAGCUGAAGAAGAAAUGAUGGAAGAGCUUCUUGAGGAAGAGGAAGAAAUAGAAGCAAUAGAUUGUGUUGGAGAGGAGAAGGAAGAAGAGAAGGCAUAUGCUGAGAUACUCUGGAGUCAGGUUGAUUCUUCCCAGGGCAGUUGAAUUUCUGCAUGAAGCAAAACUAGGAGCAGGAAGUAGUAAUUAUGGAGCGGUCAACACAAUUACAUUGGUGUUUGGGGAGUCAUGUAAAUCUGGUAUUUGGUCGCAAGAUGCUAGGGGAGGCUUUGAAACUUAAAGAAAUAGUGGCAAAUGUCAAACUUGAGAAGAAGUAGGGAAGACUUAACCCUGAGGUAUUACGUUAGGAUUAAAGCUGUUGACCUCCUGACUCCUGUGCCCUGUCAAAGAGAACUGAUUGUGACUCGUGCAACAACUACUUGUCCGAAGCAAGUUGAAUUAUAUUUGGUGCAGGAAGUGGUAUUUUAUUUUCAACCUUGUGUGGUGGUUCGUCGAUUUUAGGCAUGACGGAUUACUGAUACCACUUAUGUUCCAAUCACGAUUGCUCCGAACCCCUUGUUGCUUUAAUUCAAAAGAUAGAUGAAAAGGAAGGACCUACUUACUGUAGCAUUCAUUAUAGUUUUAUGGAUUUGAUUCAAUUCAAUUGGAGGAUUUGAAA